CCUCAGUACUUGGAACAUCUUCUGAAGUGGUUUUGUCAGCACCUGUCCCACUCCUAUUCUGCUGAGGCUCUCCUGCCUUCGGUCUCCUCGGGCUCUUUCUUUAAUAGAAGAACUACGCUGGCACACAUCAUAGCCAACAGCAGCAAAAAGAACGGCACGAGGUUUGUGACACUGUCGGCCACAAGUGCCAAGACAAAUGAUGUUCGAGAUGUCAUCAGCCAAGCCCAGAAUGAAAAAAGACUCUUCAAGAGGAAAACCAUCCUCUUUAUUGAUGAGAUCCAUCGUUUCAAUAAAUCUCAGCAGGACACUUUCCUUCCUCACGUCGAGUGUGGGACGGUGACCCUGAUAGGAGCGACCACAGAAAACCCUUCCUUCCAAGUCAACGCCGCUCUUCUGAGCCGAUGCCGGGUGAUCGUCCUGGAGAAGCUCUCGGUUGAAGCGAUGGAGGCGAUUCUGAUGCGGGCUGUCAAAUCUUUAGGGGUCCAGGUUUUGGGCCAGGGUGACCAGCGCAACAGCUCUGCGACUGGCAGCAGCAGCGAGUGCUCGGAAUUCCCAGUGUACAUAGAGGAGAAAGCUCUGAAUACCCUAGCCUACCUUUGCGACGGUGAUGCAAGGACUGGACUGAAUGGGCUCCAGUUAGCAGUUCAGGCCAGAUUAACGGUGGGGAAGAUCACUCCUUUGAAUACUACCAAAGGUGGUUCUGCAGAUGGCGUUCUGAUAACAGAAGAGCAUGUAAAGGAAGGACUACAACGAUCUCACAUCCUGUAUGACCGAGCAGGAGAAGAACACUACAAUUGCAUCUCUGCCCUGCAUAAGUCCAUGAGAGGCUCAGAUGAAAACGCUUCCCUUUACUGGCUUGCUCGAAUGCUUGAAGGUGGUGAGGAUCCACUCUAUGUGGCAAGGAGGCUGGUGAGGUUUGCAAGUGAAGAUAUAGGACUGGCAGAUCCUCUGGCUUUAACACAAGCAGUUGCUGCUUAUCAAGGCUGUCACUUUAUUGGAAUGCCAGAAUGUGAGGUCAUUCUAGCACAAUGUGUAGUGUACUUUGCCAGAGCACCAAAGUCUAUAGAGGUAUACAGGGCGUAUAGCAAUGUCAAAGAAUGUCUGAGAAUGCACACGGGACCUCUGCCGCCUGUUCCGCUGCACCUGAGAAAUGCCCCAACAAGGCUCAUGAAGAACUUGGGCUAUGGUGAAGGCUACAAAUAUAACCCCAUGUACAAGGAACCUGUAGAGCAGGACUAUCUACCACAAGAGCUGAAAGGAACAGACUUCUUCAAGGAACAAAAGACGUGACCGCCUUGCUCGGAACAGGUUUUGAUUCUAUGACUCGUACAUUUGUACUGGGAUGGAAAUUCCCCCCCCUUACAGUUUCAGCCAUCUGUUACUGUGGUUAAAAGUAUUAAGCCACUGAGCCUUUCAGAUACUUUCUUACCCUUCUGGUUUUACUGCUGUUAUUCUGAAGGUGUUUUAUAAAGAAUUGCAGUUAGGCAGUGUAUAAAUGCAAAACUAAGCUUUAUCGGUAUAGUACUGUCACCCUCUGGUUCAAAUGAAAUGGGCAAAAAAUGAGACGCUUGUAUUUCUGGCUGUUGCUGUAAGACAAGGAAUAUUAUUGUGCUGCUUUUAAAAUCAGUAGCUAUUUCAGAUUUUGAGAAUACUGUUUUUCCAGCAAAUAAAUUGUACCCCCUCUGCUAAAAUACGGUAAACAAAAUAUAAUUACAGUGUAAUUCUUGCUCUUAUGAUGUUCCGGAGACUACUUUUGUACAACAUUUGCUAAACCAAUAAAGUUGUUAAAAAUAGCGUCUAU